AUGCCUGACAAGUACGAGGCUGAGCUCCCCGACGAGGUCCAUGAGCUUCUUGCGGCUGCCGACAAGGACCGCGAGAUCCGUCUCACGCGCGCGGCCACCGCCGAGAACCUCAAGUUCCUCGAGCUCGUGCGCUCCAAGGUCAAGGAUGUCCCCCUCUUCUGGGCAGUCACGCUUCUCUCUCACCCCGAGCUCGGCCAGGCCGCGUCGUCGACCAGCGACAAGGAGGUUUUCAAGUACCUUACCGACGUUGAGCUUGUGCAGGAUGCGCAUGACCCGCGCGAGUACGAGAUCGUUUUCCACUUCAAGGAGAACCCGUACUUCACCAACACCGAGCUGCGCAAGAAGUACUCUCUCCCGAAUGGCACCAAGCCCGCACCUGCCGACGGCACCAUCACCGAUGAGAUGCGGGCGUUUGAGGCCAUUGACCUUGAGCCCAGCUCCAUGACCAUCGAGUGGAAGGCCGACAACGACCUCAUCGCCAAGCACCCCCGCAAGCUCAACAGCGAGGACGACGAGAUUAUCGACGGCGACAUCGGCUCGUUUUUCCACUUCUUCACUGAGAAGUCUGACAUCAUGAGCCUCGGCGGCACCAUCAUCGACGUGCUCGCUGAGCCCCUCGAGUUCUUCGCCAACGACCCCUCCGGUUUCGACUCGGACUUUGACGAGGAGGACGAGGAGGACGAGGGCUCGAUCGACCUGGGCGACGACGAUGACGAGGACGAGCCCCAGCGCAAGAAGCAGAAGAAGGAGCGAUGCUGCCACCCCUAG